AUGUUUCCGAUCACCGUCGCUCACGAACUACAUCCUUCAGCCUCAACGAUCUCAUGCAUUAUUCUGCUGUAUCUGGUGGGCACAGUUGGGACUCAAGAUUUUGAAUACGGGGAUUUCGGUUAUCCGAACGCUCUCAGCAACGGCAUCGGCAUAGAUCCAGAUUUAGGUCUACGGUUUGACGGAGGUCCAUUCAACUUACCUCAGGAGCCUCUGACUCGUCCGAGAGCGCGCCAGCCCCAGCGGCGACCGAACGUUGUCGUCAUUCUCGCUGAUGAUAUGGGAUGGAAUGACGUUUCUUUCACAGGCUCGGGGCAAAUCCCGACACCGAAUCUCGAUGCAUUGGCUUCGGCAGGAGUCAUCCUUCAGAACCAUUACGUUCAGCCAUUUUGCACGCCAUCCAGAGCAGCGUUGUUGACGGGGAUGUACCCGAUACACAGCGGCAUGCAACAUUACGUUAUCCGGAGUAGGGAACCCUGGGGUCUGCCCCUGGAUUUCAAACUCUUGCCUCAGCAUUUGAAAGAUUUGGGCUAUAGAACUCAUUUGAUCGGGAAAUGGCAUCUCGGUCAAUUCAAGAAGGAGUUUCUGCCCACGCGUCGAGGUUUCGAUUCGCAUCUCGGAUACUACAACGGUUACAUCGAUUAUUUCACCCAUAAUCACACCUAUAAACGAGACAGCGCUUUGGACUUCUUCAAAGACGAAGUUCCGUAUCACUCCGAAGAGUACGCCACUAGAUUGUUCACCGAUCGGGCCGAGGAGAUCAUCAGAGAUCAUGAUGUGGACAACCCGCUCUUCUUGUACUUCGCACACUUGGCCGUGCACCGAGCCACGGAUAGGGAUCCUUUCCAGGCUCCUCAAGAAACGAUCGACAAAUUUUCCUACGUCGGCGAUCGGAACAGAACGACUUUCGCCGCGAUGUUAGCAGAGCUUGACGUUUCUGUCGGUAGAGUGGUUGAAGCAUUAGCGAAGAAGGGCAUUCUGGACAACACUAUUAUUCUGUUUUCUUCUGAUAACGGAGGCCAAGCCACAGCCCCGAUGGAAAAUACUGGGACCAACUUUCCGUUGCGAGGUCAGAAACGCACACUAUUCGAGGGAGGCACUCGGGUUCCAGCCUUCGUCUGGAGUCCUCUCAUCAGAAGACCGAGAAGAGUGUUCUACGACAUGGUUCACAUAGUCGACUGGCUUCCGACAAUCUACAGUUUGGCAGGCGGCGAUCCGAGGAACCUCGGCAGAAUCGAUGGCAUGAACGUGUGGGGCGCCGUCUCGGACGGAAUGGCAUCGCCUCGGACAGAAAUCCUCUAUAAUAUCGAUCCCGUCCAACGAGAUCUAGCGAUUCGAGUUGGCCGAUAUAAACUCCUUUACGGUCCGAUGUACAACCUCACCGAAUGGUACGACAACCGUGGUUUUGGCUACGCUUCGCAUUCCGUACUUGAGAGAUACAUGGACAAGUCGGCCGUCGCCAGAGUUCUGCGAGACCUCGGCUACUGGUGGAAAGGUCGCGAAGAAGACUACAGUCGAAGGCCGACGUGGCAAUGGCGCGAGGAGACCCGGGUGCACUGCGGGAAUCCAUCGAGCGCAACAGCGUGCAAUCCGAGUGAGCAGCCUUGUCUCUUCGACUUGGCCACCGAUCCGUGCGAGUACAAUAAUCUCUACGGGCAGUUGACUCAGGUGGCGAGGUAUCUUCUCUCGCGACUCGAGGCGCACGCGCGAAGUGCUCGACCGAUAAAUAACAAGCCGGACGAUUACUCAUUCCAACCCAAUGCCACGUGGGGCCCUUGGAUUCGGUGA